AUGAAGCAAAAACAGAUGUUCGGGAAUAAGAACCACACGGAAGGCUUGGUUGGCUGUGGUCAUAUCUUGAACCCUUUUCAGUUGGUGUGUAAUUCACCAGCUCCUGAACUGUCCAAACCUGGAAAGAAAUCAUGGUCUGAGCUGCGCAAGGCGGUCAGAGACACUCGCAAAAUCAUCACCAGUCUUGCUAGCAGUGUCCCGUCUCAAUUUGUCUUUCGUAAAAUCCACACAGAAUCUGGUCCCCUGACUCGUUUGUAUUUUCUUGGUGUUCCUGCUAAGAGUCGGGAGAACACAUUUCUAUAUGUGGAUGUUCCUAAUGAAUUUACAGACUCAACACCUUAUUUGACUUGGAAGCAAUUGCUGCAUUCAUUCCAAAUGAUGCCCUUAUCUGGCCACAUGUCCAAACAAGAACAACUGUUACGAGAGCGCAAACGACUUGGAGUAUUUGGAAUUACCUAUUUUGACUUUGUGGAGAAAGAAGGAAAAUUUGUUUUUCCAGCUCACAAUAGUAUGUAUGUGUGUACAGAUAAUGUUACAAGUGAUGAAGCCCUGUUUCGUGAAGUUGGUGGUACUACUUCUUGUUACCAAACCUGCCUUAAUCCAACAUUCUGUCCUACCAACUCUGAACUAGUGGCAUUUGUGCAUGAUAGUGACUUGUCUGUUACCCAUCUGAAGAAUGGCUGUCAAAGGAGACUGACUCAUGUUCAUAAAGGUACAGGUAAUUUAAGUGAUGAUCCCAUUAGUGCUGGAGAGCCUUCAUUUGUGAUUCAAGAGGAAUUUGAUCGUUUCACUGGCUAUUGGUGGUGUCCCAGACAUGAAACCAACCCUCUUACUGGUGACAAAACUUACAGCAUUUUAUAUGAAGAAGUAGAUGAAAGUUGUGUGGAAAUUUUACACACAUUUGCUCCAACCACAGAUAGUAAACAAAUGGACAUGUAUCGCUAUCCCAGGGCAGGUACUGAUAAUGCUGAGAGUACAUUAAAAAUAGUAGAAUUUGCAGUAAACAGUGAAGGCCAGAUUUCUGAUGAUGCUAAAAUAAAAAAUUUGCCAACAUCUCUGAAAACAUUCUUUCCUUGGAUGGAAUACUUGGUACGAGCAGACUGGACACCAAAUGGGGACUAUGUGUAUGCUCAGCUUCUCUCUCGAACACAAGAUCGACUGGCGUUAGUUCUCAUUAAAAAAGAAUGCUUUCAAUGUCCAGAUGAUGGCCAUGAAUUGUCAUAUCUCAUGUCCAAUAUUCAUGUAUUGGUUGAUGAUCGAUCUGAUGUCUGGGUCAAUGUUCAUAACUUGUUACACUUUUUUCCUCAAGAUAAAGCAAGUGAAAUGACGUUUCUUUGGUCAAGUGAACGUACAGGUUUCCGUCACCUUUAUUUGAUACGAUCCAGUCUUGAGCAUGUUGAUGAUGCCAAUGAUAUGGACUUAGACAGCUACACAUUUGAUGAAUAUUUCAAACCAAAUAUUUUAUUUGAAGUAGCACUAACGUCUGGUGAUUGGGAAGUCUUACCAAAAGAGUUUUUUGUUGAUGAAGAGAGGGGUCUUGUGUACUUUAUUGGUCUGAAGGAUAGAGUUCUAGAGUCUCAUCUGUAUGUUGUGUCCUAUCUUGUACAUGGAGAACCAGUAAGACUUACUGAACUAGGAUAUUCUCAUGCAGUGUCUUUCAAUGCAGAUUGUUCCAUGUUUGUAACUGUUUACAGCAGUUUGGAAACAACACCAAGUUUUUUUUUUUUUUCUUUUUCUUUUUAUUUUUUUUCUUUUCUUUUUCUUUCUUCUUUUUUUUUUUCUUUUCUUUCUUUUUUAAUUUCUUCUUUUUUUCUUUUUUCUUUUUUUUUCUUUUUUUCUUCUUUUUUUUUUUUUUUUUUUCUUUUUCUUUCUUCUUUUUUCUUUUUUCUUUCUUCUUUUGAAACCUUUCUUUUUCUUUCUUUUUUUUUUUCUUCUUUUAAAAUUCUUUUCUUUCUUCUUUGUUUUUUUUUUCAGAAAUCUUUUCUUUCUUCUUUUUAA